AUGGCUAGCAAUCUCGCAGCUUAUUUUGCUGAACAGAGUCAAAAGCAGCAAAGCUCUAAGUUGAAUAAUUCAACAGACAAGAAAGAUGGCGGCACAGACGAUAUGGGACCGAGUACGUCUAUGGCAGUAGAGGCAGCAGACGAUGAUAGCUUUGAAAGAUCCACAUACAACCUGAAGAGAACAAGGUCGAUGGGACUUCUAGAUGAUUAUAUUGAUCCCACAAAGAAACUACUGGGUAAAACGGACAAUGAGGUAAAUAAAAAGAAUGAUAGCACAAACGCGGCAACUAAUGACAAUGACGAAGACAAUGAUAAUGGCAAAGGUAAAGGUAAAGCCAAAGAUAUUAAUGGCAAAGGUAAAAGCAAAGACAAAGAUAACGAGAAGUACAAAGGCAAAGACAAAGACGAACACAAGUAUGAUGAUACCCAUGGUGUCGAAAAUAAGGAUACCGACAAGUUUCUUGAGAAAAACAAUAGCAAAUAUGAAUACGAAGAUGAUUACAACUCAGAUAGCAACAGUUUAGACAGUGAAGAGAGUGAUGAGAGCGAUAACGAAAGUGAAGAUGACAGGUAUGACUACGGUAACGAUGAGGAUUAUCAAGAUGACGGUUUGCAAAGGUAUGAAAGCUAUAGUAGGCAAGAUUCUUCAUCAUCAUCAGUGUCACCACCUCCUGCGGAUAAUGACAAUUUUCUCAUGCCGCAAGAUGACAACGAUCUUUUUGAAGAACCAGAAAGGCAUGUUGAUUAUCUAUCUCAUGAUUGGAAUGAAUCAGAAAUAUCAAGUUCCUGGAAAUAUAUCAUACUGAAAAAAAAGAAAAAAAAUGAAGAUCUAGUUAAUGCUGCAAGGCUGGAGAAUGCAUCCUGGAGAACAUGGGCAAAAGCAAGAAAUCAUUUGAAAACCGUUUCACCAGAGGUUGUUAAUUGGUCAAAGGAUUCAGACGUUACGUGGUUGUAUGGUCCUAUUAUUCGUGGAACCGAUAACGGCGCCGGUGAAUACGUUGAGAUAGGAUAUGGUUCUGAUGAUGAAACAUCGAAGAGAUUAACUACUAAAAAAUCUAGAAAAAAAAAAUCGAAGUCUUCUAACUCGUCGUCAUCCUCUUCUACUGCAUCUGCAACACCAAAGCCAAUUUUAAAAAAAAGAAGUGUUACCGAGAUCAUCAAAGAGAAUUCUCUUUGGAAAUUGAAUGAAGCAAGGAAACAUAUCAAUGACUUAAGGUAUGCUUCUACAAGGCACAUGCGUGAUGAUUACGAUGAUUACGAUGCAUUAGCAGCAAAGGUUAAUGCACAGUACUAUCAAACCCCCAAUAAAGAUCAAGAUUCAAAUGAAUAUAAACAAAAUAUGGAACGUUCGCAAAUUAUUGAUGUCAAGUCUGGAAAAAUUACAGCUGAUAGCGACGUACCGAAGAAUGAUUCAAGCAACGCUUUGCAUCAGAUCACUUCUCGGGAUCCAUCAAUAAGAGGUUCAGAUCAUUUUGAAAAUGAAAAUCAAGCAAAAGAAGACACAGCACCGUCAGGUAUAUUAAACUCGCCAAAUCAUAGUAAAGAUGUAUCUAAUAGUGGAAAGAUACAAAAAGAUAGGCAUAUCCAUUUCAACGAUCGUGUUGAACAGUGCAUGGCCAUUGGGCGUACGUUUUCAAAUAGCGAUUCAAGUGAUGAUGAAGAUUAUGGUGAAAACACGUAUGCUGCUCAACAAAAUGGUACAGGUACUUUUUUUAGCUCGGACGAUCAAUUGAGAUCAGGUGCUGCAGCUCACGUCGAAGAUAGAUCAGCAUCCUCCUCUGAUAACGAUCAAGACGAAGAUGAUGAUGAAGAUGAUAAUGCAGGCCUGUUUAUCAAUCCUACUAUGAGUAGAAGAGCCGAUUCCAAUGCACACUACUCAGCAACCGAUACUUCAUCACAAAGUUCUGCUCAAUCAAAACUAGGACUAGACCCAAUAAUUAAACUUCUUCCCGCAACAACCUUGAAUUACGGCUCUGAUGAUGAAGCAUCAGAUAACAGUGACUUCAAUGGCAGUUAUGGUAAUGCUAUAUCGCAUAAUGUUAAUACCUACAGAGGUUAUGAUUACAUGUACGAUUAUAAUUCCGUUUAUACGGGUGACACCUCCAAUUUCCUCCCAGUCGAUAAUUGUGACGUAGUCGAUCUCCCAGAAGGACUGAACCUACACAGUGCUAUGGCUUCUGACACUGCAUCCAAUUACGAACUGAAUCACUCUAUAUCCUCAACAAAUGGAAGUGGGCUUUCUGGCCAGUCAACUUCUCAUAACAGAGAUUCGAUGUAUCAUGAUACAGAUAGUGAUUCAUUGAACAGUGGAGACGAGUUCAUUGAAAAUUCCGUGGAAAAAAGCAGUGAUGAUGACAAUUAUGAUGAUGGUGAUGAUAAUGAUGGUGACGAGAAACCAGCUGAUGAUUCUGCUGUCCACCAGGAAGAAAAAGAUGGUCGUUCUGAUCAGGCUAAAGAUAAGGAAGAUGACAGUAACUCAUUGAAGAGAACAGUCUCAUUCGGGAAAAAUAAUUCUUGUUCUGCAAAAGAUUUACGAAAGCAGCCAUCUAACACAUCGUUGAAGCCUCCUACGACUAGAAGUUUUAUUUCUGGCCAACCUCUUGUUACUUCAAAUAAUUCCAAAAGCUCACCCAGUCAUUCAAAUGAGACUUCAAGACCAAAGAUCUCCUCAGUUCACUCAUCAUCGUCCUCAACAUCAUCAAGACCGCGCUUUGUGAAGCGUAACUCUUCAUCCUCGAACUUUAUAUUUCUAUCUGACAGCGAUGACAGUAAUGACGAGGACGACGGUAAUGAGUCCUUAGAGGAGAAUCAAGUUUCAGAUUAUGACUCCUCACUGCGAUACAAUAAGCUGCCAAAUUCGGAUGAAGUUACUCAUAUAAGCUCUUCGUUACCAGCGUUGAAGGACAAUUCCAAAAACGCAGCUCCUCAAAGCACAACUAUAAAACCGGCUUUAGAUUCUAAUGCUCCAUCUACAUCUCCCUUAUCUUCUGACUUAUCGAAGAUUAUAAGAAUCAAGAAUUCAUCUUCUCCUCCCGAGGCAAAAUCCAGUGACGUCGCCAUAUCUGGUAGCUUUUCGCCUCUAUAUGAUUCAGUCAAGUCAAUUACAGCCAAAAAAGGCAUAUUGAACAAAGGAAACGCGACGGAUUUGCAUGAGAUGAACAAAAACCUUGAAGAUUAUCACAUCGAUGAGAAUUCGAACGAGAGGUCUCCUGCCAAUGUAAAUACGAAUCAAGGCUCGACUGAAAGUGUGCACAAGAUGAUGCAAAAUGCCAGAGAUAUCGCACAAAAAUAUCUGCAUUCAUGGAAAAAAGUGGAUGGAAAGCAAGAAGAUACCAGAAAGGACGUUCUAAAUCAUCGUUAA